UGACAGUGGAGCCCAGUUUGCACUGCAGCAUCCAGAGAUGGCAUCAGUGAAGCUGGAAGACUGCAGUCAAACACUGGAGCUGAAUGUCAACAUUAAAGAUGAAGAAGUGGAGGAGAAGAUUAGGACAACUGUUAGUCAUGACCGACUCAGAUUAAGUCUGAGGCCGGUAACAUCAACAGUGAGGACAAACCCAGCCUGCCACUCUCCUUCCACACUGAGUAGAAACCUACAGUCACUGGGUCCUGAUUGUGACAGUGGAGCCCAGUUUGCACUGCAGGAUCCAGAGAUGGCAUCAGUGAAGCUAGAAGACUGCAGUCAAACACUGGAGCUGAAUGUCAUCAUUAAAGAUGAAGAAGAGGAAGAGAAGAUUAGGACAACUGUUAGUCAUGGAGACCAUGUUGAGACAUUCUCAACAUCCAGAGAGCAACAGCAGGAAGAUCAGAGAGCUAAGAGGUCUCAUCACUGCCCACAUUGUGAAGAGAUUUUCCCAUUUCUAUCAAAGCUAAAAACACAUCAAAGUAUACACACAGGAGAGAAGCCUUACGUCUGCUCUGACUGUGGAAAAUGCUUCAAAACAUCAACUCAGCUAAAAGUUCACCAGAGAACACACACAGGAGAGAAGCCUUUCUUCUGCCCUGACUGUGGAACUAGUUUCUCUCAACUUUCCCACUUAAAAUCACAUGAACGUAUACAUACAGGGGAGAAGCCAUACUCCUGCUCUGACUGUGGAAAAUGUUUUAAAACAUCAAAUGAGCAAAAAGUUCACCAGAGAACACACACAGGAGAGAAGCCUUUCUUCUGCUCUGAUUGUGGGGCGAGUUUCUCUCAUCUGGGCACCUUAAAAACACACCAACUUAUACACACCGGAGAGAAGCCUUAUGUCUGCUCUGACUGUGGAAACCUUUUUAAAACAUCAACUGAGCUAAAAGUUCACCAGAAGAUUCACACAGGAGAGAAGCCUUACUUCUGCUCUGACUGUGGGAAAUGCUUCAAAACAUCAACUGAGCUAAAAGUUCAUCAGAGAACACACACAGGAGAGAAGCCAUAUCACUGCUCUGACUGUGGAACUAGUUUCUCUAAAUUUUCACACUUAAAAACACAUAAACGUAUACAUACAGGAGAGAAGCCUUUCUUCUGCUCUGACUGUGGGGCGAGUUUCUCUCGUUUGGGCACCUUAAAAAUACACCACCGUAUACACACAGGAGCAAAGCCUUAUUCAUGCUCUGACUGUGGAAAAUGUUUUAAAAAAUCAAAUGAGCUAAAAGUUCACCAGAGAACACACACAGGAGAGAAGCCUUUCUUCUGCCCUGACUGUGGAACUAGUUUCUCUCAACUUUCCCACUUAAAAUCACAUGAACGUAUACAUACAGGGGAGAAGCCAUACUCCUGCUCUGACUGUGGAAAAUGCUUCACAACAUCAACUCAUCUAAAAGUUCAUCAGAGAACACACACAGGAGAGAAGCCUUAUUACUGCUCUGACUGUGGAAAAUGUUUUAAAACAUCAAAUGAGCUAAAAGUUCAUCAGAGAACACACACAGGAGAGAAGCCUUUCUUCUGCUCUGAUUGUGGGGCGAGUUUCUCUCAUCUGGGCACCUUAAAAACACACCAACUUAUACACACCGGAGAGAAGCCUUACUCCUGCGCUGACUGUGAAAAACGUUUUAAAACAUCAACUCAGCUAAAAGUUCAUCAGAAGACUCACACAGGAGAGAAGCCUUACGUCUGCUCUGAUUGUGGAAAAUGCUUCAAAACAUCAACUGAGCUAAAAGUUCAUCACAGAACACACACAGGAGAGAAGCCAUAUUACUGCUCUGACUGUGGAACUAGUUUCUCUAAAUUUUCCCACUUAAAAACACAUGAACUUAUACAUACAGGAGAGAAGCCUUUCUUCUGCUCUGACUGUGGUGUGAGUUUCUCUCGUCUGGGCACCUUAAAAACACACCAACGUAUACACACAGGAGAGAAGCCUUACGUCUGCUCUGACUGUGGAAAACGUUUUAAAACAUCAACUCAGCUAAAAGUUCAUCAGAGAACACACGCAGGAGAGUAGCCUUUCUUCUGCCCUGACUGUGGAACUAGUUUCUCUCAACUUUCCCACUUAAAAUCACAUGAACAUAUACAUACAGGGGAGAAGCCUAACUCCUGCUCUGACUGUGGAAAAUGUUUUAAAACAUAAAAUGAGCUAAAAGUUCAACAGAGAACACAUAUAGGAGAAAAGCCUUAUUCCUGUUCUGAUUGUGGGGUGAGUUUCUCUCGACUGGAUCCCUUAAAAACACCAACAUAUACAUGCUCUGCUCUGCCUGUGUAAAAUGCUUCAAAACAGCAACUGAGCUAAAAGUUGAUCAGAGAACACGCGCAUGAGAGAAGCCUGCUUACGUCUUCUCUGACUUUUGGGUUAGUUUCUCUCACCAUAGCAACUUAACACACAAAUGUAUACACACAGGAGAGAAGUCUUACUCCUGCUCUGUGGAUGGGUGGGCAAGUCAAACGCCUAGCCAAAGGCUGCGUGUUUGAAUCUCAUCAAGAAGGACUAGCAUUUUAGCUAAUUAGCAACUUUGCAACUUCUUACUACUUUUUACCUAUGUCAGCAUGUUAACUUAGCAUGCAACUACUAAGCAUGUUAGCUAACCUUUCCCCUAAACACAUUUAACUCUAUCUUAAACCCCUAACCUAGCUAACGUUAGCAACAACAAAUUGGAAUUUGUAACAUAUCAUACAUAUUACAAGUUCGUAACAUAUUGUAUGAAUAGCAAUGCGUAAAAUAACAUACGAAUUGUAAUUCUUAAGACGAUACGUCCUGCAAGUCGUAUUAUACUGAACAACAAUCUAAACGUAACAAGUUCAAAGAUGUAUGGUUCGUAUAAGGAAAUCAGUCAAUUGAAAUAAAUUAGGCCCUAAUCUAUGGAUUUCACAUGACUGGGCAGGGGCUCAGGCAUGGGUGGGACUUGGGAGGACAUAGCCCCACUUGGGAGCCAGGCCCAGCCAAUCAGCAUGAGUUUUUCCCCACAAAAGGUCUUGAUUACAGACAGAAAUACUACUCAGCCCCCUCCCAGACAAUCCUGCGGGUGAAGAGGUCCUGGGCUGCCGUGGUUACAUGUGAUCUGCAGUUGUGAGGCCGGAUGGAUGUACUGCCAAAUUCUCUAAAAGGACGUUAGAGGUGGCUUAUGGUAGAGAUAUAAAUAUUGAAAUGCACAUUCCCUAAACUUGAGACGUCUGUGACAUUGUGUUGUGGGGCCUUUUAUUGUCCCCAGCACAAGGUAAACAUGUGUAAUGAUAAUGCUGUUUUAUCAGCGUCUUGAUAUGCCACACCUGUCAGGUGGAUGGAACAUUACUGGAUUUUUUUUAUUUCAGCUCAUGAAACCAACACUUUACAUGUUUAGUUUAUAUUUUAGUUCAGUUUAUAUUGGUUGUCCAAUGUAAUCGAACAUACUAAAUGGAGUAGCACAGAUGUGUUUUUGUAUAAUAUAAUACGUUUUGCUCUGAGACCAGGUUGUCCCUCUGCAGUAUUCUGUGGGAAGGAGCUAGUUCACACUUUUUUUUAUUGAACCUCUAUUGAACGAGGCAAGUCAGUUAAGAACAAAUUCUUAUUAACAAUGAUGGCCUAGGAACAGUGGGUUAACUACCUUGUUCAGAGUCAGAACAACAGAUUUUUACCUUGUCAGCUCGGGAUUCGAUUUAGCAAUCUGUUGGUUACUGACCCAAUGCUCUAACCACUAGGCUACCUUCCGCCCGUAACAUGUAUCAGAUAGAGAUGAUCACUUUUCACCACAAGUUUUUUUUUUGGGGGGGGUUGUUUUAAAGCUUUAUUUAAUGUUACACAGUUUAUAAAAUGAAUACAUGUGUUUAUUAAUUGUCUUUAAAACUAGAUGAGUUAUUUUAGUUACUGAUCAUGUAUGUAUGAAUGGUUCUGAUGGUUGUAUUCAGUUCUUCAUAUUAGAUCUGACAGUAUGAAUGGUUCUGAUGGUUGUAUUCAGUUCUUCAUAUUAGAUCUGACAGUAUGAAUGGUUCUUAUGGUUGUAUUCAGUUCUUCAUAUUAGAUCUGACAGUAUGAAUGGUUCUUAUGGGCUGAGUGCCUGGAUUGUUUUUGUAUGACUACAGUCAGGAGUUCUCUCUGACCCUGUGACGUCACCAGCACAUUAAGUACAUUCAUCUUAAGAUAGCCAGGUGAGACAACCACAUAUCACAGUAAACACAUUUCUCCUCAAUUAGUCAGUGUCACAUUAUUAUUAUUAUAAUUUGUAUUAUUAUUAUUUGUAUUUAUGGGGGGGGGGGUACUCUUUAAAGACUUAGGUGUUUCAGACCAUUUCGGGCAGUUGGGCAGAGACUCUGCUUCACUGACAUCAGAGGGAGAAAGUGGGAAAAAAAUGAUCUGUUUGCAAACAAUGUUAAAAAAACAUUUAUAAUUGAGUUAUUAAUAAAGCCUCAUUCAAAAAUG